ACUUCCGGGUAAAGUGAAGGUUGUUAGCCCCGAAGUACAUAGGCCCUGGAGGAACAUCUCCCCUGCGCCUCUCAACUACGGUCUGGGAGUCCCCCGCCCCCACCCACAGAAAGCACGCCUCUUCUUUUCCACCGCAGCACUGCUAUAAAACACACUCCGAUCUUCUGUUUCUAUCCGAUACUACAUAAAAAAAAUAACGUUAAAUAACCAGUAACGCAUCAUGUAGUAAUGGUAACUGAGUUACUCAAUAUACAAAAUAACGCAUUACAUUACCAGUUACCGCCGAAACUAACGGCGUUACAGUAACGUGUUACUUUGUAACGCGUUAGUCCCAACACUGGUCAUAACCCUAUGUGGAAGAACGUUGACAACGUUUCACUCUGAUCUUUGUGUUUUCUUUGCUACAAUUUAACAGCUCUCUUUGUGUGUGUAUCUGUUUAGAUGCCGCGUGCCAAGGGCCACAGGCGGGCACUAGCCGCCAGGACAAAGUUGGCAGAGCGGCAGUCAUCGCCCCCCAUGCCUCCUGUGCCCGAGUUCGUCGCUCGGCGCGGCACUGGGUUCCGCCACCGCGUGCGGAGGUGGCCGACUUCGGACCUGACUGGCCGUCAGGUGAAGUUUGUCCCUCCAGCUUUCGCCCCGGAGAAGAAGACUGUCUUCGUCAUCGGCGACUCCCACCUGAGGGGCCUGGUGGAUGGGGACGUCGCCUUACCCAAGGUACCUCUCUCUUUUUCUUUUCUGUCUGUUCCAGGUGCAGGUGCAGCUGACUUGAGGAAAGAGGUGGGGCGCCUGGAGUUCCCGUGGACCCCGGAUGUCGUCUGCGUGCUGGCCCCGAGCAACGACCUGGACCGUGGCAAUGCGGCGGUGGAGUUCGGCGCGCUCCUGACCAGAGUCCGCAGCCGCUGGCCCAAGGUGUUUGUUCUGGACUUCCCCCCGCGUCUGAACAAACCCGUGGGCCUGCAGGAUCUGCUGCGUCAGGAGCACCACCGCGUCGCAGCACGCAUGGGUCUCCCAUUCGUGGCUGUGACCAGCAGCUUCCUGCUGGAUCGGUUGGAGCUGUGGUGUUAUGACGGCGUGCACCUCAGCGACACAGGUGGCUCGCCCAUCCUGGUGGAGCUGUUGUGCGACGCUGCGCUCACCCUGUUCGCACCCGAUCCCCCUGCACCUCCUUCCCCUGGUCUGAAGGACUGCCUGGAUCCCCGGACGUGGCCCAGGGUUGGACAGGAGGGAGAGAUGGCCUGCAUCACUGCAUCUGCUGUUCUUUGGAGGAAGAUGGCAGAGCGGCAGUCAUGGACCCCCAUGCCUCCUGUCCCCGAGUUGGUCGCUCGUGGCUCGCCCAUCCUGGUGGGGCCUGCGCCUCCUUCCCCUUGGUGGACGUCGCCACAUGCCCUGGUGACGAGGCCAGACCCCCUGCCCCGUCGGCGCCCAGAUCCCCGGAGGUGGACAACGGUUGGACGGGAGGGAAAGGCUGGAACACAGCCGGUGCUACAGUCCCUUCCCAUCCCGUCCAACCCUGUGUGGUUCAGCAGUCCUAUGUUGGAUGCCAUGGAGGAGUUCGCUCCUUCCUCUGACUCCCACUGCACUGCUGUCCCACCACCUGGCCAGGCUUCUCCUGGGAGGUGUCGUCGGAGACCUGUGGCCGUCAAGCGCGCCGGACGGAGGGAGUUCACUCCUUCCUCUGACUCCGACUGCAUUGCUGUCCCACCACCUGGCCAGGCUUCUCCUGGGAUGCGUCGUCGGAGACCUGUGGCUGUCAGCCGCGCCGGACGGAGGGAGCAGGUUGGUGUCACCGUUUCUCCCUUACAUUUUCAGGUGCCUGCGGUCUGUGGGGAGCCAACGGUCAUCAGGGAGGAGCCUGCUGUCCAGGAGGAAACCCAGGUGCCGCUGCAGGUCUCCACAGAUAAGGUUGCUUCUUUUCCUCUACCUAGUGAUAGUGGUACUGUUAGUGUUAGUGAACCUCAGUCCGUCUGUGGUCGUGUGGCAAUGGUUGCGAGGGAUUGUCGGGGAAUUAGGUUAACUAAGGUUGUGCGCGGAUCUUUUCACCAGGGGGAUAGCAGGUUUAGUUACGGAGGGAUGCAGUGCAUGGCCAUUGCUGCAAGUAGUAUAGCUAAGCAUGUGGUGAAAAGCGUGUUUUCGUGGGAGACACUGGAGCUCGAUCACAUUCUGUAUUCCGGCGAUGAAUUUUACAGUAGUUUGCGCAACCUGGGUAUUUUUAGCCAUCCGUCGCAUUUUUUGUCCGUGCCGGAUCUACCUAGUAAUGUAGUUAUUGACGAGCAGUUGUUUAGUUUUCAUUUUAGUCAACACCCAGUAUCUGGUGCUGUGGGUGUUGAGCAGGAAAACGGUCCCUUUGUGACUCUGCGUAAUGGAUUAGAGGGAAUUUUCAGGCAGUACAGCAUGUGUCUGCUGACACUGGUAACGUCUACAUCUGCCAUCAUCUGUGAGGAUGGACAGUUCGCUGUGGUCGACAGUCACUCACGUAGUAGCUGUGGCCUGGUAGAUCACAACGGUACCAGUGUAAUACUGCACUUUUCCUGUUUAGAUGACCUGCAUCACUACAUCUGUUGUUUGGCUGACGCUCUCAGUCCAGGGCCGCAGCCUUUUGAGCUGUGUGGCGUUAGGGUUAGUGUAGGUGCAAGUCCAGCGUUGUCUGGAGCUUCUGUAGAGGGUUGCAUCUUUGAGAUGAACACUGCUGCAGCACCUGAGCUUAAUGACAUCAAAGGUGAUUGUGCCACCACCUCCUUGUUUGAGAGUGAUGCAGAGUGGCUUCAUAGAGAUGAGCACUGCUUCGGCACCGGGAUUUACUGA